UCCAGCUGGGUGACUUUAAGCCAAUCAUUCUCCGUCAGGCCAACACACUUCACAGGGUUGUUGUCGGGAAAACAGGAAGAGACACGUGUGCUAGAUAUGUUCACCGCCUGGAGCUAUUUGAUCGAAUAAUACAGGCAGGAUACAAUAAGAUAAAUAAUAACUUACAGUCUAACCUACACCCCUGGUGGUGCCGCAGGCAAGGGGUGAGGCCCAUCACUGCUUAGGCACCCAGUUCCAGAAAAGAUCAGCCAGGCACCUCUCUUUAAAUGCCCCUUCCAUUCCUCACUCCCUGCCCUCCAACUAAACGGAAUCUUUUUCCAGAGCGGAGAGAAAAGGGCAAUAGGGCAUUUCCUAUGCAGCUGCCCCUCUGCACGUCCCUCAGAAGCCCUGCUCCUUCUCUCCUCCCAACAGACCAAAGACAAAAGCCUCUUUCUUUCCGACCCAAACUCCCUGAGAUUGUUUUUUUUAAAAAAAAAAAAAAAAGUAGGAAUAUUCUUUUAUUGGCCAAAUAUGAUUGGACACACAAGGAAUUUGUCUCCAACGCAUAAGCUCUCCGUGUAUAUGCAAAGCAACAAAGUGAUACAGGUCAUACAUCCUAAAUCAGAAGAUACAGGUAGCCCUCGACUUGCGACCACAAGAGGCUAAGUGAGAAAUGGAUCUGAGUUCUGCCCCAUUUUACGACUCGUCACCCUUUGUUAAGCGAAUCACCCGGUGGGCGUUAAAUUAGUCACAGGGUUGUAAAGCAAGUCUGGCUUUCCCCCCAUUGACUUUGCUUCUCUGAAAAGGCGACCACAUGACCCCGGGACACUGCCACCGUCAUAAAGACGAGUCAGUAGUCCAGCCUCCGAACGUAAAUCACGCGACCCCGGGGAUGCCUCGACGGUCGUUAAGUGUGAAAAACCCUCAGGGGUCCCUUUUUUAAAAAAAAACUCCGGACGGUCGCUGAGCGGUUGUAAGUCGAGGACUGCCUGUGGGACGGUCACCAAGUGAACGGUUGUAAGUCGAGGACGACCUGUGCGAUCCCAAAACAGAAUUAAAUCAUUCAAAAAAAAAACUCCCAAACUUCACCUGAACUGACACCUUUUCAGAGCAGAAAAACAACCCAGCCUAUGAGUAACGGGGUGUGGGUCAGUCCUACAGGCCCCAACACAAAACUGUGCCAAGGUGUGGAGAACACACAUAUACACACACACCUCUGGGGGGGGGUGUAGCUGGAGAGGGAGGCUGAAGGGCAUCAACCGCCCAGGGUCACCCCGAGGUGCCCCUUCCUCCUCCUCCCAGCCCGCAGCCUCCAUUUUGCAAGCGGGGGAAGGAAGAAGAGGCGAAAGGAAGGCAGGAGAGAUGGAUGGAUGAAUGAAUGAAUGAAUGGAGGCAGCCAGGAAGCAAUGAAUGGGCUCUGCAGCUGUCAAGGCAGGAGGGAGGGGGAGGACGGUGGCGGGAAGAGGACAAAAUACCGAAAAACACACGAGCGGCGCCGGGGCGGGGAGGGAGGGGGAGAGAGAAGGGGGGGGACUCCGAGCGCGCGCCGCGCCUGCGCAGUAGCCGCCGCGCGUGAGGAGCAGCAGCAAGGCAGCACCAUCACCACCAACGGCGCGAUUUCCCCCUCACGCCGGCGGGCAACUCACCGAGGCGCAGGGGCUGGAGGUGGCGCUGGGGGGACCCAAACAUGGCCUCAGGCCCAAACCAGGCCAACGGUGCCGAAAUCAACAACGGCUACCAUGUACCCGUGGAAGCCGAGAAGCAAAGUUCGGAGGUGACCCUUCGCCGUCCACCUCCCUCUGUGGAUGCUCAAUGGAAGGCCGUCUUCCACGAGCACGUCCAGCCGCGGGCCUUGGCUCUGCAGGGCCUCAAGACGGAGAAACUGCAGAAGCAGACGCUGCAGCAGAAGAAGCAGGAGAAGAAAGACCCGCCCGACAGUUUGUCCCAGGAUUGGUUCAACACGGAGUCCAUGACUCUGGAGACCCGGGCCUAUCUCCUUGAUAAGCUCCUGCCCACCUUGGUGCCCGCCGUGGAGAAGCUGCUACGGGUGGCCGAACGGAAGCAGGUGCUGGACCUCAAGGAGUCCGAAGCCAGCCCCUUUGACCCGAUGAUGUUCCUGGGCGAGUACCUCAUGAGGCAUAACCCGGCCUACGACGUAACCGCCAAGCCGAACCCCUACGUGCGCGGGCUGAAGGCCAUCACGGAUCAGCUGAAAAUGCGAGUGCCCGACACAACGAUGCAUAAACUUGCUGAGAUGAAGAACUUGGUGGAAGAGAAACGGCAUCGUCGGGAGGAUGUGGAAAACAUCAAAGCUCAAGUCAACCAACUGCGCGAGCAGGCCUUAGCCAUGCAGUUCCACGAAUGGACCCUGGAUGCCUCCGGACAGAUACCGCUCGCACUGAUCCAGAGCGCCCUGAAGUCCUUCUUGGAGGUCAUCAGCCAAAUGCCUCAGUUCAAGGAAACAGACAUCUAUGCCAGGCCGCUGGAAACUCUGGCAACGCUGGAUGUGAAGGUGAACCAAGAGGAAUUCGUAGAGUAUCUCCUUUCUUACGUCAAAAACUUCACCAGCGAGCUGUUCCAGGAGUUGCUGAAGCAUCUGCUCCAAUCGUCUCACAAUGCCCGCAACGCCAUCCGACACGACGUCUGGAGGCAGAUGUUCGUCCAGCUGUUCUUGGAUUGCGAAUAUGCACAGAUAGGACUCUUGGACAGAGCGAAGGUCUUGUCCCUCCUGGAUAAGUUCUACCGCAGCAGCUCGGACCUGGCCAAGGAGAUUUAUUGUAACCCCAAAAAAUGGCCCAUCGCUGAACUGGACGACAUAGACCUAACGGAGUUUUGGGGCAACCUGGAGCCGGACGAUGAAGAGGACCUUCCAGAGGAACCACCCAGCCCUGAGCGUACAUUAUCUCAGGAAGCCCUCUACCUCAACAGGAAGCUGAAGGGCAUUCUUUCUGAUGAGCAAGCAGCCCAUGGCGCCAACGGAGAACCGGCCGUCAACGAGCUGGAAGGCGCCGAGAUGGAGCAGCAGGUCAGCCCGCUGGAAGCAGCGACGGAAGAUGUUCCUCCAACAGCCGCCCCAGAUGAAGGAGAAGAACCUCAAGCAGAAAUGCCAGAGGCUGAGUCUCAAGAGGAGCCCACCACUGAAGAAGUGGAGAGAGCUGCUGGUGAAGAAGCUGCUCCGGAAGAUCAUCCGAUGAACUCCCUUGAGCCCCUUUUGGAAGGAGAAGAAACGGCUCAGGAAGUCAAGUCGGAAGUGGCCAUCCUGGCUACGCCCUCCCAGGUGGCCGCCCGGGUGCAGAAGAUCUUGGACGACGAGGAAGAACCCGUCCCCAAGUCUCCCUCGGUGGAGAAGGACCUUGCUCCAAAAGGAACGGAAGUGGAAGAGACAGAUGGGCAGGAAGAGGCAGAAGAGCCAGGAGACAAAGCAGAGCCUGGCCCAGAGGAAGAGGGGGCUGGUGGACAGGCCAAGCCAGAAGAGAAAGCAGAGGUAGAGGGCCAUGGACCAGCAGGCCCCAAGGACCAGGCUGCCGCUGCUGCAAAAGACAAAGCGCCAAAAGGGCCCUCGGUGCCCCCCAGCCAAGCCAGCCUUCAUUGGCCUCCCGGCCAAGCCAGCUUGGAGAGGACCCAAGGACCUCAACGGAUCUACGGGGAAGUCUGGUCAGGCACUUUUGAGAUGGCAGAUCUGACCUUCAAGUACGCGGAUUACGGCAAGGAGGUCCGGGAGGAUUGGAACAAAGAGGACUCCAGGUUUUCAGCUCUCCGCCUGGGGAUGAUCGAAAUCCAGGGUCGGGGCCCCCCGGCCUCCCUUAGCCCCUUUGAGAAGAGCUCCCUCAACCUGCCCCAGUUCGUGCAGCUGAUGGAGACCUUCGUGGGCGAAGGGACGUCCCUGCCGAGGCUGAAGAAGGCGGUCGAGUUCCUGAAGAAGGGCUACCUGCAGACCGACACUGAGAAGUUCACUCAGCUGGAGAAGGUGCAUCAGACGUCCCUGUUGCUCCGGCAGCAGCUUCUCGUCACGGCCCUUUUCGAGAAGUGGGACAACGAGUGUUCGGGGUUCUUGGAGAUGAAGGAGGUGGACUCGGUCCUCAGCACCUUCAAGGAAGGCAUGGAAGAACAAGCCUUGACCAGGGCUAAGCUGCAGCUUCCCUUUCCCACCUGGCACCCCAGCGGGAUGGUCAAGCUAAUGCAGAAGGACUUCCAAACCUACAUCGAGCUGGUGAUGUCCGAGCUCACCGGAUCCGAACAGGAGACGCUGGACAACCUUGUGGAGUUCCUGAUGAUGGCCGUGGGGCGCCCCCACCUGGAACGGUUGCGUGGGAACGCCCGGCGCAAAUGGCUGCUCCGGAUCGAACACGCGGCUGUGACCAGCGGCGGAUGCAUGGAGCCCGUCUACCAAGCGGUCUUCAAGGCUCUCUUCAGGGACACUGAUGCUCACGGAGACAAGAAGAAGGUCAGCGCCUACAUCGCCCUUCUGGAAUACAACGUCAUAGCCCCUGAACGGGGAGACAUUCUGCUGCGCUAUGUGGCCUCCACAGAAGACGAUGCCCCUUAUGUCCUCAACCAGAUCCUUUUCAUGGAUAUGCCGGGAGUCAGCUUCGCAGCCGCCUUGGAUGACAAGCCCAUCCACGUCCCCCGAGUUCACUUGCACGGAAAUAUCCACUUCUGGAACUCCGAUUGCCCCCGAAGCAAGCAAAGGGGAUCCUUCUUGGUGCUGCCCCUGGAAGAUGUCCGGAGAAGGGUCUUUGGGGUCCUCGGACUGGACACCCUCCGGGACAAGAAUGAAAAAACCAUCUUCGUCCCCCAUGAGAUCCGUUACUACCAGGGCAUCGCACACUCCUUCAGCACAGCCUACCAUCACAUCCGCACCCAGCAAAGUCUGCUGCAGAUUAUCCUCACCGGGGUGGAGUGGCUCUGCGGCCGGGCGCCGGGCCUGCAAAGCAUCACCGCCUACUUCAUGGAGCCUGGAGAGAGCCGGAUGCACGACUACACCUUGCGCAAAGUCUUGGCUUCAGAUUUGAAAGGGGAGGUGAUACUCAACGCCCCACCAGCCCCUACACUCACCAGGACAGAAGACACCUUCAAAGAUUACCUCUUCAAGUGCAUAGACUGCGCUCUGGUGGUGACUCAACGCAUCAACGGGGAACAACACAUUGCGGUGCCACUGAGGAACACAAACGGCCAAGCUAUCAUGAUGUUGGACUUCAAUCUCGGACCCCGGCAGCAGCUGUCACCUUGUGCCCACAAAGACUUGCAGAAGAUGGUGAAGAUGGCGCAAGCCGCCACUCACGAGAUCCUGAAAGAGGAUUCCGGAGAUCUGGAACCAUAUUACGUCUUGGAGGCUGAAUACGUUGGGGACUGGCGGCGCGGAGGGGUCCUCUUCUACCGCUUCAUGCUGCAGGAUCUACAGCACUGCAUGUGGAAUCUUGAUCCCUGGACCUCCUUCGGCGAUAUCCGAUCCUUGGAGAAACCCCCAGCCCUGGUCCACAUCAUCUUAAAAUGUGUGGUGCUUAUUUUGUACCCGCAGUGGGCCGGCACGGAGGAGGUGGAGAAGUGGAGCGCCUGCAUACAGAAACUCGAUGGAGAACUUAUUGAAAACAUUUGCUACUUUGACCCCACGGCUUCCUACGUGGAGGUCCGGCCGGAGGUGCUGUACAGCUGCCUGAAAGGCGCACGCAGGAAAGCGGUCUGGAGGUUCGGCUCGGCUCCGCUGGAGUACCUUUACAACUGGACAUGCACCUGCUUGUCCCUGAUCGAAAUGUCCAAGAAACUUCAGCACCACAACAGCAUGAGCAGCUCGGCUUCGGCCCUUUGGACGCCCACCUUGUCUCUGUCCAUCCGCUCGUCGCAAAUCUCGUCUCUCCGCUCCGCCUCUGUUCUCUAACCGCGCGAUCCAAGUUGCAGGGCCCCCCACCCACCCUCCCCAAGUUCACUGCCUUCGUUCAGUGUGCGGCGCGCCUGAUUUCCCAGCUGGGAAUUAUAGUUCUCGACUUUAAUUCGGAAACGUUUGGAUAGGGAAAGAGAGAGAGAGAGAGAGAGUUUGCGGUACAAGGCAGGCAGGUGAAAAAGCAGCUGAGUUCUCGCGACCCACAAAGGUCAACGUUGAAAGGAGUUGGGCUGCGCGAAAGAUUUGCACCCCUUAGCCGCUUUGGGGAAAUUAUUCCGAUUUGACGGAGAAGGAAGGGGAGUCUUUCCCUUCCUCCCCAACUUAACCGCCUCUGGAAGGGAAGGAGGAGUUUUCCCACUGGCUGGUGGACGGAGAUGACAGCCCCGCUCCCGCUAUCUUCGGCAGCCUUGGGUUUUUUUUAAUAAAAUUGGGGGGAAAUUAAAAUCCUUGUCGCCCCCUUUCUGACAAAGCACAGGGUCUUAUCUGGCCAGCCGUUUUGUAAUUGGAGAUUACAAGCUGAUUACAAAGCUUCCCGAUAAA